UUGUGUCGGUGUCGGCGACGGCCGAGGAAGAGGAGAAGGCACAUACGCCAGCCUAGAGCACGAGAGCCGCUCCAAUCCCUCGCCAGCGUUGCUGCGAUUUUGAUCGCGAGUAGUGCUGCCGCCGAAGGAACCGAUGCUUUCUCCUUCGUCUCUCCGAUCUCGCCCUUGGUCCGAUGCGGAAGUUCCAUGGCAUUUGAUUGCGAUUGCAGCCUUCUUUGCAUUGAUCAAAUUGCCAGGCCCUUAUUACCCUUUCUGGGGUCGCAUAUUCAUUCCACACUUGGCCAAUGGAGUAUUAUGGAGGACUUUGAUGCAUCUGGGUUUCCAGAGCAUCCUAUCAGGGGUGCUCUCAUGAUCGCCAUCGGCUGCGUUUGCUGGGCUGGUUUUGUCAAUCUCCAAGCAAUCACAUUGGAAUCAUACCCUGGGAAGCUGUCCUUAACAGCUCUAAUAUGCAUGAUGGGAGCAAUGGAGGGAUCAGUAGUGGCAGUUGGUCUGGAGUGGAAGAACCCUUCUGCAUGGACAAUUGGUUUCGACACCGAGUUACUAGCUGCUUUCUAUAGUGGGAUUAUAUCGUCAGGAGUAGUGUACUCGAUUCAAGGACUAGUGAUGCAGAGAAUGUUGACAGACAGAGAAGAGGAGGAGACUGGUAGUUGCUCGCUCGAUCGGAGGUUAGAUCUGAAAUCCAUAAUUCCACUGAUUAUCAGCAGCAACAUCUCUGCGUAUGGAGGUGACUCUAACAGGAAAGGAAUGGAGUUCGAAUCUUGUGAUUUGCUUGUCGCGAUGCAUGAGAGUGGAGUCGUUGUUGAUGUUUCGAUUUGUGGGGAUGUGGCUAGGCAGCUCUGAAUGUUAAAUGAGUUUGACAAGGCUAAGGUGCAGGUUGAUAUGGUUAGUAGAAUUGAAACAGGCGAGAGAUGAUGAAGAGGAAGAAGAUGGUGAUGGAAGUGGCAAUGAUGAUAAGUUUCAAAAGUCGGUCACCUGCACUUUGACAAACAGAAGCUUGUUAUGCUUUGGCUGCUGAGUGAAGAGUACUCCCAAAAUUGGCUGCUGAGUGGAGUCGAAGAUUAGAGAUCACAGCAGAUGUACCCACAAGGUCGCGAAGCGCUGGAGAAAGCAGCUGUAAAACUUGUCGCUGCAGGUGUCAGAUUAGAUGACAUGGAUAUGGUGUGUGGAUAAUUUUGGUUGGUAAACUAUUUUGUUAUAUGAAAUAAUUUUUUACUAUAAUUCUAUUAAUUUUUAAUAUUUUCAUUUUAGUGACCCAAAUCUCAUCUACCAAAUUUCAUUUUUACGAUAAUUCUAUUAAUUUUUAAACUUUCAUAACCAAUUCCAUUGGUCACCAAAAUGGUUUAAUUGGUUGAGAUAUGUGUUUUUCACAACCAAUUGUUAUAGUUGUAUUAAACUUUUAUAACAAAUAUAAUUAGUC